CAUGGUAAAAAAGGGAGUGCGCUUCCGUACAGGCACACCUAGCAACACACUACUAUGGGACAUCACCCUUGACACAGGCCCAGAUGGAAGUGCUGGAGUAAUCUGUCAGAGAAAGUCUUCUAUAAACGUGAAAAGAUUAAACAAACUUCAAGCAGUUCUUCAGAUGGAUUUUGAAGUGGAGGAUGUCAGUAGUCAAUCAGAGAUUCAGGUGAUUAAGUGGGAGUUGACACUUCCAGAAGAAGUCAAAAUGAUGGGAGCAUCUGAAGGCACCAUGAGGAUCUACACCACUCAGAGGGACUUUGUGGGCCUGGCUCCUCUAGUUAUGGACACAGAGCUGUUGAACACUGCUGUGCUGACUGGUAAGAGGGUUACGGUGGGAGUACGAACCAUUGCUGUGGAACAAGAUGGUUCUGUAACAGAUGUCUCUGAGUUUGCUGACUGCAGCUCCACAGAUGAAGAUGUUCUUAAGGUGUCCGACAGAUGCGACUUUGUUUAUGUGAAUGGAAAAGAAACCCAGGGGCGACUGCGGAUGCUGGUGAACUUCACCUACAGUUACCUGAGCACUCAGCUGGAGAUGAAGGUGUGGUUCCCUCGUCUGCCGCUGGAUAUAGAGGUGUCUGAUACAGAGCUGAGUCAGAUCAAAAGCUGGAGGAUCCCCAUCCUGUCCACCAAAAGCAAACCAGGCUGGAGCAGUGAGGAAGAGCGUAAGGGCCGGGGUUGUAUGCUGCAGUUCCAGCAUGCUCUGGUACGAGUCCUCACACACUUUGUGGCAGAGCAGUCAGACCCUCGGGAACCACAGGCCUUCUUCCUGGGCUCAGAUUGGCAGGUGGAUGUGACCAGGCUGGUGCGGUACUUCCUGAAGGUGGAGGACACUAAUAUUGCCCGUCUGCAGGCAGGAAGGGUUCUGUCAGGACAAGAUGUGGGCACCACGUCUAUAAAGGUCCUUUCCCCGCUAUCAGAUUCUAUCCUGGCUGAGAAAACGGUGAGGGUUGUGGAUGAUCGAGUGACCAUUACUGAACUGGGCCUGCAGUUGGUCAGUGGUCUUACACUCAACCUGCAGCUCAGCACAGGAAGUAACAGAGUCAUCAGUGCCACAGCAACCACACAGGAAGUGCUCAGCAAUCCUAAACAGGAGGCAGUGUUGAGCUCCUGGCUACAAUUUAGCGAUGGCUCCCUCACCCCACUGGACAUUUAUGAUCCUACUCACUACCGCCUGGCUGUGACAUCGCUGGAUGAGGGUGUGAUCUCUGUGCAGGACUCAUCUAUGACUGUUGUGGCAGAAGGUGAAGGCCAAGGAACGCUGGUGAGAGCCGAGAUGACCAUUUGUGAGGUCUGUCAGAAAUCCAAGCGCAAAAGCACUUUAGCUGUAGGCACUGGGAGCUUAACGGUAAAGUUCCAGACAAACAGCAAACGUCCUGAAAACAGCAGCAUCAACAAUAAUGACACGGGAAACAGCACAGGACUAUUUGCUGGUGUCACUGGGAAAAAUAACAGGAGUGAGCGUGGUGAUGAAGGAGAGGAGGCAGACUCUGAAAAGAAGCUGCAGCAGCAAGAACAAGUUUCAAGCAGAAAUUCAGAGUCUGAGCAAGAGGAAAGGGCAUCGAUGAAGAUUACCCCCACAGCCAGGUCGACAGCACGAGACUCAACUGUUGGCAGCAUUGCAAAUGAUUUGGGAAUGGGACGGGCUAACGAUGCCUCUGCUGGAGUUAGUAAACCUGGGAAUAUUUUAAAUAGUGGAAAUUUCUUUAGUACAGGAAAAGCUGGCAACGAUGGUCACACAGGAAUUUCCAGGAGUAGGAAUGAGGUUCCUGAGGGUUCAAUGUUAAGCACUGGGAAGGCUUCUGGAAACUUAAUGAACUACAAUAACUACCCUCCCCAAGUGGAAAUCCCCAAUCAGGAGCCAAAAAAUGACUAUGGAGAUGAUGAUGACAUUGAGGGACCACUAUCAAACCAUCCACUUACGGACCUGGAGAUCGGGAUGUAUGCAUUACUGGGAGUCUUUUGCUUGGCUAUCAUAGUAUUUAUGGUAACUUGUGUGUCAUACUUGGUUAAAUUUAGGCACAAGCAGACACCUGGUCAAGUUUCUGAGCAGACUGGUCACCGGCAUGACUGGGUAUGGCUGGGAACAGAUGCUGAGCUGGUUAUGAAUGUCACUGGAAGUCCAUUACAGCAGGAUGCUCAUAAUACGUCUGUAAUCGACAUAGGACCCAAUAUGGAGCCUUGUGGCACUCUCACUCGAAGGACCUCUUGCCAGGUGUCUUCUGUAUCAAAUGACACUAAUGUUUCAUGUGUAGGAUCCCCUAAAGCAAAACCAGUCCGAAGUGAAUCCCUACAUUCACCCACUAGUAAGAGGAAAAGGGUCCAGUUCACCACCUUCACAUCCUUGGAUCUGCAAACUCCUCCCAAAACUUUACCACAAGAGAAUGGACAUGGAAUUAACUGGGUGGGAAAGGAAGACAGUUGUAUAACACCUGAGGUGCCAGCUGCUGAGUCUUUGCAACAGCUAUGAUUGUUGGCUCACAUGCAGCCUGAUUUAUGCAUCCAUAAUGUAUAUCUCUAUACCAGGGCUAGGGACUCUGGUUACCUGUCCUGGAGAAUAGCUCCAACCUAUGGUCACCUGAAUGCCUUCUUUCUUUGGAAAAGUCAUUCUGUAGGUCUGUGCUACACAGGAUUAUGGACAAGAUAAUCAGUACAACUUCAUGGCUUUCAUAAGGACAUCUUUGAGAGUAGACUUUGUAAAAGAUUGAUUCUGCCUUGAUUACUGAUCACGAUAAAAGGGAGAGAACAUAAUCUUGCUAUUUUUGAGGAUUAUUAAAAUUACACCACCACCCCGCCAAAAAAAAAAAAAAAAAAU